AUGGCCGCCCUCCUCUCCGCCGUCGCGCUGGUGGCGUCGGUCUGCGUCGGGCAGGACGCCGCGACCGCGGCGCGCCUGCCGCUCGCCCCGCCGCGCGCCGUCGACGCCGUCGAGCUCGCGGCGGCCCUCGGCGCCGCCGCGGGCGUGCGCGGCGACGCGCGCGGCGGCCGCGUCGGCGUCACGCGCGCCGAGACCGCGGACGGCGCGCGCGAGUUCUGGGUCGCGGCGCCCCUCGACGGCGGCGGCCGGCGCGUCCACGGCGCGACGGUGGGCGGCAUGGUCUGGGCGUCGGGCGGCUACGCGCUCGUCGAGUCCGCGCUCCUCGCGGCGGUGCUCGCGGAGGUCGACUCGGCCGUCGUCGUCGACGUCGGCGCGCACUGCGGCUACUUCUCGCUCUUAGCCGCCACCGGCGGCGCGCGCGCGGUCGCGCUCGAGCCCAACGCGGAGCACCACCCCCUGCUGCGCCUCGGCGCGGCGCUCAACGGCGUCGGCGACGACGCCAUCGCCCUCUUCGGCGCGCCGGCCGCGGACGUCGCGGAGGUCGCCUACGACGGCUGGUCGACGGACGACGCGGGCCGCCCGGGCUUCAACGCGUCCGCGUCGACGCCGCGGCGCGCCGUGCGGUGCGACGACGCCGUCGAGGCCGCGGAGGCCGGCUGGGGCGCGCCGGUGCGGCCCAUCGCGUGGCUCAAGGUCGACGUCGAGGGCCAGGAGCUCGCGGCGCUCCGGUCCGCGGCGCGGCUCCUCGACCGCCCUCCGGGCCUCCGGCCGGGCGUCGUCUGGGUCGAGCUGAGCUGGCUCGACGGCGACGCCGCGAGCCUCGGCGCCGCGGCGGCGACCGUCGCGCUCCUCGUGCGCCGGGGCUACGACGUCCGCGCGGCGCGCGAGGGCGGCAUCGCCUGGGACUGCGCGGAGAGCGCGCACGACUGCGACGACCCGCCGCGCGACGCGCGCGGCGAGGGCUGGCUCGACGUCGUCGACAUCGAGCGCGGCUACGAGGCCGAGGGCGCGCGGCGGCUCCUCGAGGCCGCGGGCUACUGCGACCGCCGCGAGGCGUCCACCGCGCGCGGCGGCUGCCAGCUCGAGGUCGCCGCCGUCGCCGUCGAGUUCACGGCCGCGUUCUCGAACGCCGUCGUCCCCAGGGCCGCGGCGGCGAUGAACGCGCGGCAGGCGCGGGCCGCCGGCGGCGAGGCCGCGGACUUCUCCAUGUACGUCGCCGUCGGCGAGGAGGCCCACCAGGUCCUCUUCAGCGCGGCGGCGACGGACGACGAGAUCCGCGACUUCUUCCACGCGGACGUCUGCGCCGCGGGCACGCGCGCCGUGUCCCGCGAGCUCUGCGACGCGUCCUGCGACGCGACCCUCGCGGAGCUGCGCGAGAAGCGGGCGCGGCGGCGGCGGCGCGCGGCCGAGGCGUCGUAA